AUUGUAGAGCUUGCUCAGGACUCCAGGACUUGGGCUGUUCGAAGGAACAAGAGCCUGAAAUAUAUGGAACAUUGGCAAGAAGCGAUGAAUCGCUUCGAGCUGGCUGACACGGACAACUCAGCCGCAGAAUCACACGCCCAUAAAAGUGAGGUUACAGCGGAAAGAGAAAUACGCAAAGAGAGGACCCGAUCGCGAAGCAGUUUCGUUUAGUGACGCGUUGACGAUAGUUCAUCACUAACUGCGGACAUGCGGGAAUUCGGAGUCAUCGUUGCUCUAUUUCUAAUUUGCGCAGCCGUUGUCGCCGUAUCAGAUGAAGAUCAAAACCAACUUGAGGAGGAAACAAGCCCCGGGAUACAGAUGUGCGGGCCUUAUCUUUGCGCCCCAGGAGUGGUGGAUCCGGAACCAGACAUACCAAUGUUUGGGUAACGAUGUGCUCAAUUUCUAGAGAUUUGGGCAUUGUAAGAGCACUAAAGCACAACUAUUUCCAGCCGAGUGCUUCCUUUUGCGUUCAUCCCGGACGAUCCGGUCCACACUUCAAACGCACUAACGCAGAUACGUGGCGUUUCAUCGGCGAGACAGCGGAAACACUCAACUCCGAUGCAGUAUCUCAAAACCAAUCCUUAAUUAUUUCGUCGAAAGAAUAAUAUAACAUAGACAUUUUGCCGAGUAAUUCCUAGAAAAUUAAAAACAAAAUUACUUUGUAGACUUGUCAACUUAAUCACUUAUCGUGCCUUUCACGAUGCAACGCCUUUGAGCAAACUAUCGAUCGUCAAUUCUUCAAACCGGCAGAAUAUGACGGAAACUCUGUACCGUGGCUGUCUGUAAUUUAUUUAUUAAUUAUAACUUUCGUACAUGAGAGCCCCAUUAUUAGGGCUAUGGCACAGUUCAAAAAACACUAUACAAUAAUUAAAAAUAUAAAUUACAACUGUUACAUUAGGUGGUGGUUAGUAGAACGUUACUCAACAGCUGAAUUCAGAAAUUCGUUCAAAUUAUAAAAUGCCUUCCUUAAAAGUAGAUCUCGAAGUAAAUUGAAAAAUUUUUGUGUAACACCGUCGCGGAGUUUUCUUUUGAUGUUCCAAGGUAGAGCAUUUAUAAUUUGGAUAGCCGAAAAUUUGCGAUCUUGUUCAGAUAGUUUCAGUCGGACUUUGACGUUUUUGAUAUCUCUAUGCCUGCUGUUGUAAAACGACGUCUUGCUCGUUUAUUGCAAUCGUCUUGCUGUUGUUGCCACUAAUUUGCAAGAGAUUGGUAAAACAUAUGUACACUUAACGUAAAAUUCGCGAGAAUGGGAGCGCGAAGAAGGCAGCGGGAGAUAUCGAUCUUGCGCCAUUAGAUACUUAACACCCUGCAUCCCUGCAACCCUUUACGUGUAAGUCAUAUUAAACAAGCAGUUAUUUCAAUAUAUUAUUUCAUUAAUCCCAUUACAUAAAUAACUGAUUACGGAUUUGGACAAAAUCAAAAAUAUUUUCAAAAUGAGGACAUGUUUGAUAAGUAAGUGAGUUAGUCCAAUCGUGGGCGUUUGGCAGCUCGGUGCAACGAAGUUCUAACUUUUGGUGACGGACAGGUGGAUGGGCCUGGUUCCCGUUCAUAGACAUCGCGGCCGGCGUUGAUCUCCGACUCUAACACAGUAUCCAGAAUAUGAAGCUAGAAGUCAGACGAAAAAAAAAGAAAAGGAAGGGAAAGGAAAGAAAAGAAAAGGGAAGGAAAGAAAAGGGGGGAAAAAGGAACCUAAAUUGAAGGAAGAUUAAAAUUUUCGCAUCACUAAUCCCAAAUAGAAAAAGCAUUCUGGUUUACUGUAUCAAGCAGUCUGGUGUUCAUAUAUGGUGUGUAUUUCUGAUAAUCCUGCAAGUGCAAAACGAGUUGUCCAGGCGCGUGCGGUUGCAGGAAAGGUGGGCUUAAAUGCUCAGCAUUGUGCAUCAACUGCAGUGAUACAUGCGAAAACAUGCCUGAAAUUGCUUUAGCGGACUCUGAGGGGGAGGAUGAUGUUGAAGCUUAUGACUUUUUCGACGAGCCAAGUACAGAAGAAUAUUUUGAAGCUGUCAUGACUGAAGUUCAAGACCUUCCAGAAAGCCCACACUCAGAAAUAAACAAUGAACCUAAAAGGUUUGUUAUUUUUUUUACAAAAACAUUCAGGCAAGCAUUCAGGAAAUUCGGAGUGCAGCAUCAUUUUACACCCUUGUACUCGCCGCAAAGUAACUGGGUGGAGCGCACAAAUCGUGUACUCAAAACUCUGAUUUGUCAGUUCUCUAAUCAAGAAGUACCUUGGGAUAAAAAUCUAAAUGCUUUCUUAUUCUCUAUGAACACCGCCAAACACGAAUCGAUGGGUUUGAGCCCAGCAUACUUGAACUUUGGCCGUGAACUGCGGACACCAGCCGAAAACAUGGGGAAUCUUACUAGGCGGCCCUCAGCGCUGAAGAAUUUGGAAGAAAUUUUCAAAAUUGUGCGCGAACGUAUGAAGACUGCUUUCGAGAAACAGAGCCGCGGUUACAACAAGUGUCGCUCAGUGGUGAAAUUCAACGUGGGGGAUCAAGUUUGGCGAAAGAACCCGGUAUUCGCGAGACCUAGAAAACCCGGUCCAAAAAUGGAGCCCAAGUUUAUUGGCCCCUAUAUUGUGGCAAAAAUAGUGUCCUCGAACGUUUUGCAACUUAAAGACUUAAAUGACCAGUGAAAUUGGUCUUGUGCAUAUAUUAAGGAUGUAAAGAAAUGUAUAAACUAAUUCCUUUUAGUGCGCAA